UCCGGCCCGGGGGGUUCCAAUGGCCCCACCUUCACCUACACCUUCCGGGGCGACCCCCACGCCAUGUUCGCCGAGUUCUUCGACGGUCGCAACCCCUUCGACACCUUCUUCGUCCAACGCAACGGGGACGACGACGACGGGGACGACACCUUCACCACCUUCCACGUGGGAGGUUUCGGGAGCGUCGGCUUCCCCCGGAAGAGGGGGCCGGAAGGUGCCUGCCGUAAGCAAGACCCCCCGGUCCUCUACGACCUGAAGGUCUCCCUGGAGGAGAUCUACAGCGGUUGCACCAAGAAGAUGAAGAUCUCCCACAAACGUCUCAACCCCGACGGGAAGACGGUGCGGAACGAGGACAAGAUCCUCACCAUUGAGGUGAAACGGGGUUGGAAGGAAGGUACCAAGAUCACCUUCCCCAAGGAGGGCGACCAGACCCCCAACAACAUUCCUGCCGACGUUGUCUUCGUCCUCAAAGACAAACCCCACGGCGUCUUCCGCCGGGAGGGCUCGGACAUUGUCUACCCGGCGAAGAUCA